AUGGCUUCAUUUUUCAAUUCAAAAUUUUGCGAAAAUUUUCCCCUAAUCUUAAAUAAUAAUGAUAAUCAUUAUGAUACUCUUAUUCAAGUCGGUGCUCUUUCAUCCUCUUGGGCUAAAAAAGAAAAUGGUAUGAUUAUUUUUAAUAAACCAAAUAUUACUCCAAAUAUAUUUGACAUAAUUUUGAGAUAUAUUUACACAGGUAAAAUGGAUCUGAUAGAGCAACUGAGUGAUAUUCUUAAGCUUUCAAUCGCAUCUGAUGAGCUACUUCUUGAAGAAUUAUUUGAAUAUUUACGAGAUUACUUAACUGAACAACGACAUAAUUGGAUUCUUAGAGUUCUUAUUCUUGUCUUUAAUACUACAGAUAUGCAACAAACUCCCGGUUUGGGAAGAUUGAAUUGUGACAGAAACAAAUGGAAUAAUGAGGAUUAUGAAGCAUUAAAGGAAACGUUAGACGAAUUUAUUCCUCUUAUUCGAUUUACGAAUAUUAUUACUGAUGAUUUUAAUGAUAAAAUCGAACCAUAUAAGGAUAUAAUUCCCAACCAAAUUUAUAAAGAAAUUGAAGAAUUUUAUAAUAAAGGUACUAUACCAAAAAUAAUAUUACCACCUAGAAUAGAAAAAUUCGAUUCAAAGAUUAUCAAACCAAAACUCGCAAAAAUAAUUCUUAAAUGGAUAAAUAAAGAAGAUUUGUGGAUUUCACGUUAUAAAUUUAAUACAAUUUAUCGUGGUAGUAUUGAUGGCAUUAACAACAAAUCAUUUAAAAAUAAAUGUAAAGGUCAAGUAGAAAGUUUAGUUUUGAUUAAAGUUAAUUAUUCAAAUAAAAUAUUUGGCGGAUAUAGAUCUAUUGGAUUUAAUUCAAUUGAGGAUAGUCUUUUACAUUUUCCUCUAAUCCUAAAUAAUGAUGAUAAUUAUGAUACUAUUAUUCAAGUUGGUGAAAACGAAGAUAUAAAAGAAUUUCGUGCACAUUCAGUAAUUUUACGUGCUCGUUCUCCUUAUUUCGAAGGUGCUCUUUCAUCCUCUUGGGCUAAAAAAAAAAAUGAUAUGAUCAUUUUUAAUAAACCAAACAUUGCUCCAAAUAUUUUUGACAUAAUUUUAAGAUAUAUUUAUACAGGUAAAAUGAAUCGGAUAGAGAAACUGAGUGAUAUUCUUAAGCUUUUAAUCGCAUCUGAUGAAUUGCUUCUUGAAGAAUUAUGUGAUUAUUUACGAGAAUACUUAACUAAAGAACGAUAUAAUUGGAUUCAUAAAGAUUUAGUUCUUGUCUUUUAUACUGUACGUAAACUUGCAAAUUGCGAGUUUCUACAAAAUUAUUGUUUUGAAACCAUUUAUUUCGACCCAGAGUUAAUAAUUACUUCAUUUAGCUUUCCCUCAUUAGACAAAGAUAUGUAUUAUGACCUACUUGAACGAGAAGACUUAUUAAUUAAAGAAAUUGUUGCUUGGGAUUACUUAAUUAUAUGGGGUAUAGAACAAACUUCUGGUUUGAGAAGUUUGAAUUGUGACAGAAACAAAUGGAAUAAUGAGGAUUAUGAAGCAUUAAAGGAAACGUUGAAUGAAUUUAUUCCUCUUAUUCGAUUUACGAAUAUUACUUUUGAUGACUUUAAUGAUAAAGUCAGACCAUAUAAGAAUAUAAUUCCUAAUCAAAUUUAUAAAGAAAUUGAAGAAUUUUAUGAUAAAGGUAUUAUACCAAAAAUAAUAUUACCACCUAGAAAAAUAGAAAAAUUUGAUUCAAAGAUUAUCAAAUCUAGACUUAUAAGAAGAAUUAUUGAAUGGAUUAAUAUAGAAGAUUUCUGGAUUUCAAAUUACAAUUUAAAUCUUAUUUAUCGUGGUAGUAUUGAUGGUAUUAGUAAUAAAUCAUUUAAAAAUAAAUGCAAAGGUCAAGUAAAAAUUUUAGUUUUGAUUAAAGUUAAUUAUUCAAAUAAAAUAUUUGGUGGAUAUAGUUCUAUUGGAUUUAAUUCAAUUGAGAAUAGUCUUUUACGUAUUUAUGAAGAUAAUCACCGAUUUUACCAUUCAUCAAAUAACUUUAUUUUUUCAUUAGAAAAUGAUGAAGAUACUCAAAAUAUGAAAAUAAGUCGUGUGAUAAAUUAUGAUAAAGCUAUAUACGAUCAUCCUCACAAUGGAUUUAAUUUUGGUUAUAAUGCAUUUUUUAUGACAGAAAAUCAUUGUAUAAUUAAUAAUUAUAGUUGUAAUUAUGAAAAUAAUAUAAGAACAGAUACAAUUUAUAGUAUUGAAGAAAUCGAAACAUUUAUUAUAGCUGAAUAA